AUGACAGACGACAAAAAAGAAUCAUCUAAAGAGCUUGAUUCAUGGAUUGAACAAUUAAAAGAAUGUAAGCAAUUACAAGAGAAUCAUGUUAAAUUUCUUUGUGAUCGAGCUAAAGAUAUACUUGCAAAAGAAUCUAAUGUACAAGAAGUUCAUUGCCCAGUAACAGUAUGCGGCGAUGUACACGGACAAUUUCAUGAUUUGAUGGAAUUAUUCAAAAUCGGUGGUAAUGCACCAGAUACAAAUUAUUUAUUUAUGGGUGAUUAUGUUGAUCGUGGAUAUUAUUCAAUUGAAACAGUUACAUUACUUGUUGCACUUAAAGUUCGAUAUAAAGAUCGAAUAACUAUUCUUCGUGGUAAUCAUGAAUCUCGACAAAUUACACAAGUUUAUGGAUUUUAUGAUGAAUGUUUAAGAAAAUAUGGCAAUGCUAAUGUUUGGAAAUAUUUUACUGAUUUAUUUGAUUAUCUUCCAUUAACAGCAAUUGUUGAUAAUCAAAUUUUUUGUUUACAUGGUGGUCUUAGUCCAUCCAUUGAUACAUUAGAUCAUAUUCGAGCUUUAGAUCGAAUUCAAGAAGUACCACAUGAAGGACCUAUGUGUGAUUUACUUUGGUCGGAUCCUGAUGAUCGAGGUGGUUGGGGUAUUUCACCACGUGGUGCUGGUUAUACAUUUGGACAAGAUAUUUCAGAAACAUUCAAUCAUACUAAUGGUUUACAAUUAGUUUCUCGAGCUCAUCAACUUGUUAUGGAAGGAUACAAUUGGUGUCAUGAUAAAAAUGUAGUAACAAUAUUUUCUGCACCUAAUUACUGUUAUCGUUGCGGAAAUCAAGCAGCAAUAAUGGAAUUAGAUGAUUCAUUGAAAUAUUCAUUUCUUCAAUUUGAUCCAGCACCGAGACGAGGCGAACCACAUGUAACACGAAAGACGCCAGACUAUUUUCUUUAA